AAGAAAAGAAAAAAGGUUAAUCAAAAGCAAGCAAGAAAGGCAAGCGGGUGUAUGAUUUUUGGGGCUAAUCGGUAGUGGUAGGCGCCAUAGCCGAAGGUCAAACAAACCCCACAUCCCCAAAAGUGGGUUCUCUCAUACCCACAUUCUCUUCCACCCUGCCGUUACCGGACCCGCCGUCUUCAGCCGCCGCCCCAUUUCACUGUCUUUCUACCCUUUUACUUUUCCAUCUCUUUAUUGUUUCACAAGAAUUGUAAUUAAGAGAGAGAGAGAAAGAGAGAGAGAGAGAGAGAGAGAGAGAGACAGCGCAGUUUCUAUUGACCGAAGAUCUCUAUUAAAAAAAGAGGAGAAAACAAAACUGUGUUGUUUGUCAAUUUUUGAAGUUUCCCUUCUUCCUCUUUCAUUUUUUUUCAGUUUUUUUUAACCCCUUUUGCUGUCUCCCUCUGUCUUUUCAAUUUGUCAAACAACCCAUUUUCAGGAACUGAAAAGGAGGGGUUUCUUUGAUCGAGGGGGAGAGCUGAAGAGGAAAAAAGAGGUAAGGGUUUUUUUUUCUCUGUUUAACAUGAGUGUGAGUUUUGAAGGUAGGGAAGAAAGGGGGAAUGCAGUUUUCUGUAAUGGGUCUGUGUAACUUUGAGCAAUUUGAUUAUAGUUAAACGUUUGAGGAUUUGGUGAAAGGGAUUUUGAGAUAAAGGGGAAGAUUGAAGGAAAUUUUUUUGGAUCUACAGCUUUUUUGGGGUUCAUGAGCUGUGAUAGGAGGAUAUGCGAAACGUUUUAUGUAUCACGUUCUUGCUUUUGUUGGUGUUGCUGUGUUUUGAGCCUACAUUUCAACAGCUGAGUUCGAGAGCUGAGCGUGUAGCUCUUCUCAACCUCAGAUCGUCUUUGGGUUUGAGGAGCAAGGACUGGCCCAUCAAAGCUGACCCUUGCUCUGUUUGGAAAGGUAUAGAAUGUCAAAAUGGUCGAGUUGUUGGGAUCAAUGUUUCUGGAUUUCGAAGGACUCGGCUUGGUAGUAAACACCCACAAUUUGUUGUUGAUGCUUUGGCUAAUUUGACUCUUCUUCAGUCUUUUAAUGCUUCUAAUUUCUUGCUUCCGGGAGUAAUUCCUGACUGGGUUGGUUCAACUCUCAAGUCUCUGCAAGUUCUUGAUCUUCGUUCUUGUUCUAUCCUUGGUUCUAUUCCAUUGAGUUUUGGGAAUUUGACAAAUCUAACUACUUUAUAUCUGUCCAAUAACAAACUUAACGGGACGAUUCCUACAAGUAUUGGUCAACUUGUUCAACUUUCUGUGCUUGAUCUUUCACAUAAUGAACUCACUGGAUCUAUUCCUUUGUCUUUUUCAUCUCUUGCGAACCUUUCUUUCCUUGACCUCUCUUCAAAUCGUUUAGAUGGGUCAAUUCCUCCCCUCAUUGGGUCCAUUAGGCAGCUUCAGAAUUUGAACCUUUCCAGCAAUAAUAUUACUGCUUCAUUGCCUGCUUCACUUGGGGACUUGGGUAGAUUGGUAGACCUUGAUCUCAGUUUCAACAAAUUUUCGGGGCUGCUACCUACAGAUUUGAGGAGCAUGAGCAGCCUGCAGAGAAUGGUAAUUGGGAACAAUUUACUUGGUGGGUCAUUGCCGGAAGAUUUGUUUCCUUCUCUUAGGCAGUUGCAGGUAUUGGCUCUCAAUGACAAUGGCUUUACUGGUGCAGUCCCCGAUGCAUUGUUCUUGAUUCCUGGACUGCGUCUUCUCGAUAUCUCUGGAAAUAAUUUCACUGGCAUGCUGCCUAAUUCAAGUUUGGCUUCGAAUUCAACUGGUGGAGCAUUGAAUAUAUCUCGAAACAUGUUUUAUGGUAGCCUCAUGCCUGUUAUAGGAAUAUUCAGUGCUGUUGAUCUAUCUGGAAACUAUUUUGAAGGCAGAGUUCCAAACUUUGUGCCAAGGGAUGCAUCACUUGAAAGUAAUUGUCUUCAAAAUAUAUCCAGUCAGAGGACAUUGGCCGAUUGCUCCUCAUUUUAUACCGAAAAAGGCCUUAGUUUCGAUAAUUUUGGCAAACCAAACUCCGUACAACCUCCUUCAGCAGAAAAAUCUAGCAAGAAUAAUAAAAGGGUAAUCAUAUUGGGCAGCGUAUUAGGAGGGGUUGGAUUUAUUGUCCUUCUGGUGUUGCUGGUAGUGUUACUGUUUCUAUAUAUUGGCGGCAAGAGAGCAUCGGGAAAUCAAAGAGGGGUGAGUGUGGGACCGAUACCCACUGGCAGUAGUGAACCGCCUUCAGGCCUAUCGAUUAACUUUGCAAGUUUAGGUGAAAAUUUUACAGACAAACAGCUUCUUCAGGCUACUGGUGGCUUAAGUGACGAGAACUUAAUCAAACUUGGCCACUCUGGGGAUCUAUUUCGUGGCGUCUUGGACAAUGGGGCCAAUGUUGUUAUAAAAAAGAUUGACUUGCGGACGGUUAAAAAGGAAACUUACCUAGUGGAGUUGGAUUUGUUUAGCAAGGUGUCACAUACAAGAUUGGUUCCCUUUUUAGGACACUGUCUAGAUAAUGAGCAUGAGAAGUACUUGGUUUAUAAAUAUAUGCCUAAUGGAGACUUGGCGAGUUCCUUGGUCAGGAAAACUAAUGUUGAUGAUGAAAACAUACAGUCUUUGGAUUGGAUAACAAGGCUUAAAAUUGCAUUAGGAGCUGCAGAGGGUCUUGCUUAUAUGCAUCAUGAAUGUUCUCCUCCGCUCGUACACAGAGAUGUUCAAGCUAGCAGUAUACUUCUUGAUGAUAAAUUUGAAGUCCGACUCGGGAGCUUGAGUGAAGUUUGUGCCCAAGAUGGGGACAGCCACCAGAAUCGAAUUUCCAGGUUGCUUCGGUUGCCACAGUCAUCAGAGCAAGGUUCUUCUGGGUCUCAAACAUCAAUAUGUUCCUAUGAUGUUUACUGCUUUGGGAAGGUGUUAUUAGAGCUAGUGACUGGCAAGGUUGGCAUCAGUGCCACCCCAGAUACCCAAUUGAAGGAAUUUUAUGAUCAAACAUUCCCAUACAUUAGCAUCCAUGACAAAGAAUUGGUGAGUAAAAUCAUCGAUCCAAACCUGAUUGUCGACGAAGAUUUUCUCGAGGAAGUUUGGGCUAUGGCUGUUGUUGCGAAGUCAUGCCUAAACCCGAAGCCUUCAAGACGACCUCAGAUGAGAUACAUCCUAAAGGCUUUGGAGAAUCCUUUAAAGGUAGUGAGAGAAGAAAGUUCAGGUUCGGCGAGGCUACGAGCAACUUCUUCUCGAAGCUGGAAUGCAGCUUUGUUUGGGAGCUGGCGACAGAGCCUAUCGGAUCUAACGGUUGUACCAGCUGCCGCAAUGUCAAGGACAGUGGGAGGUAGCUUCAAGCAAUCAGGAACUUCAGGUUCACAAGGUAGUGGGCAGAACAACAGCGGUGAAGCCUCUCGGAGAAGGCACUCGAAGGAGAUAUUCCCCGAGCCACCGGACGAGCAAGGCGAGAGAGCAGAGUAUCAUUACCAGUAAAGAAGAUUCAUUGAUCUUGAUUCUUUGUCAAUAACAAACACAGCAGGCAUCUGAAUUAUGAGAGCCUGACAACUGCUCGACCCGUUCUUUCAGGUUUUGUAGUUGGAGAGGGCAGCUAAUGCCCCGAGGUCUUUCCGCCAUGGAAAAUUGUCAAUUCUUUGAGAAAUGUACGAGUUUUUGUUGGUGAAUUUUAUGUUUUGUAGUAGAAGGCAUGGCCUUCAAGCUUUUUAUAGGCUUAUCUUGUUCUUGUUUGUUCUCAUUAUUAUUUUAUACCUUUUUUCUUUGUCUUCUU